AUGCCGACUCCUGGACAAAUUUCCUACUGUCUCUCGUAUCAAUUCUUCAAUCGUGCGGGUACAUCUGGACGACGAGUAUGUGUGACUACGAAAGGCAACUUGACUCCGGCGCGGGAGAAUGCAAAGGUUGGACAUUUUGUGGUUGUCCUUCUCGGUAGAUCUACACCAUUCAUGCUGAGAAAGACUCGUCAAGAGCCGGGCAGUGUGAACAAGCAAUACAGACUGUUUGGCGACUGCUACGUUCAUGGCUGCAUGGACGGAGAGCUGGUGGAAGGCGCCCAAAUAGACGAGUGGGAGAUGUUGGCCUUGAACACAAAAGAGCACGAAAGUCGCGUUCAAGAUGAGUGA